UGGUCCCACCGUGAACAAGUAGCUACCAAAUCGGGGCAGCAAGACUGAAUGGCAGUGAGGAUAUCCAACGAAUGAUUUGAAGCAUUUUUUGCCAAGACUAUCAAUUGAAACACAUACCCCAGAGCUGGAGGACCCAGUCACAAUCCCUGCCACUUUCCAUCUGUGUAAAGGUCUGUUUCCAACUAAAUGUGGGGAAGCAUCAGGAGCAUCAGAUUAAGAGAUAUUUUAUCAUGAAGCCCAGAUUAAGUGUUGUCUGCUUAUCCAGAAAGUCUCAGUUAUUACCUUGAAUUUGUGAAAAGAAGAGGAUGAUGAUAUGAGAUAAAGUGGACAACCGGAGGAGCCCAGCCCCCUCACCUCCAUCUCUUUGAAGCAUGGCAGGCCUACAGCUUGUCACCCCUGCCACUUCACCCAUGGGGCCUUUCUUUGGCCUGCCAUGGCAGCAGGAGGCUAUCCACGAUAACAUCUAUACACCUAGGAAAUAUCAGGUAGAACUUCUUGAAGCAGCUCUUGAACAUAAUACUAUUGUCUGCUUGAAUACUGGCUCAGGGAAGACCUUUAUUGCAGUACUUCUAACAAAAGAGCUCUCCCACCAAAUCCGUGGACAUUACCAAGAAAAUGCGAAGAGGACUGUUUUUCUGGUGAACACAGCUUUGUCUGUAGUUCAGCAAGCAGCUGCAGUCAGGACUCACUCUGACCUCCAAGUGGGAGAGUACACAGAUCUGGAGGAGACCUCAGCAUGGACUGACCAACGGUGGAGUCAAGAGAUAAUCGAGAAUCAGGUGCUGGUCAUGACUUGCCACAUAUUUCUGCACGUUCUGAGAAAUAAAAUCUUACCGUUGUCUAAAAUCAACUUGGUGGUUUUUGAUGAUUGUCACCUGGCCAUCACAGACCACCCUUACUGUGAGAUAAUGAAGCUGUUUGAGGGCUGCUCCUGCAGUCCUCGUAUCCUGGGUCUCACAGCCUCCAUUCUGAAUGGGAAGUGUGACCCGUCAGAACUGGAGCAGAAGAUCCAGAAUCUGGAGAGAAUCCUGAAGAGCAACGCUGAAACUGCCACUGACCUUGUGGUCCUGGACAGAUAUGCCUCCCAGCCCAGAGAAGUGGUGCUGGACUGUGGCCCCUAUGUUGAUAAGAGUGGCCUCUCUUCCUGCCUUCAGGCAGAGCUGGAUGAAGCUCUCCACUUCCUGAAUGACUGCAACAUAUCUGUUGCCAGAGAGGACCGGGACCCCACGUUCAUCUCCAAACAGGUCCUCAGUGACUGCCUGGCCGUGCUGCAGGUGCUGGGACCCUGGUGUGCAGAUAAGGCAGCAGGCAUCAUGGUGCGGGAGCUCCAGAAGUACAUCAAACAUGAGCAGGAGGAGCUCAACCGCAAGUUUCUACUCUUCACCGACACCAUCCUGCGCAAAGUGCAUGCACUCUGUGAGGAGCACUUCUCUCCUGCCUCGCUGGAUCUUAAGUUUGUCACCCCCAAGGUCCUCCGGCUGCUCGAGAUCCUGCAUGAAUACAAGCCCUUUGAGCGGCAGCAGUUUGAAAGUGUGGAGUGGUACAACAACCGCAACCAGGACAACUAUGUGUCCUGGAGCGACUCUGAGGACGAAGAUGAGGAUGAGGAGGUGGAGGCCAAAGAGAGGCCCGAAGCCAACUUUCCCUCACCGUUCACCAACAUCCUCUGUGGGAUCAUCUUUGUGGAGAGGAGGUACACAGCUGUCGUCCUCAAUCGUCUGAUCAAAGAGGCGGGGAAGCAGGACCCAGAGCUGGCUUACAUCAGCAGCAACUUUAUCACGGGUCACAGCAUCGGCAAAAACCAGCCGCGGAACAAGCAGAUGGAGGUGGAGUUCAGGAAACAAGAGGAGGUUCUUCGCAAAUUCCGGGCUCAUGAAACCAACCUGCUGAUUGCCACCAGCAUCGUGGAAGAAGGCGUGGAUAUCCCAAAGUGUAAUCUGGUGGUGCGGUUUGACUUGCCCACAGAGUACAGGUCCUACGUCCAGUCCAAAGGCAGAGCUCGAGCACCUGUCUCCAACUACAUCAUGCUAGCUGACAGUGAGAGAACCAAAGCUUUUGAAGAAGAUCUCACUACCUAUAAGGCCAUAGAAAAGAUCUUAAGGAACAAGUGCUCCAAGUCAGUGGAGGUGAGUGAGUUUGAAGUGGAGCAGGUGAUGGACGAUGACAACAUCCUCCCACCCUACGUGCUUCGAUCUGAGGAUGGAGGUCCCCGGGUCACCAUUAAUACAGCCAUUGGACACAUCAACAGGUACUGUGCUCGGCUGCCCAGUGACCCAUUCACCCACUUAGCACCCAAGUGUAAAACUACUGAGAAGCUGGAUGAACGCUUCCAGUCCACACUCUACUUACCCAUCAACUCCCCUCUGCGAGUUCCUGUUAAGGGUCCUACAAUGAAUUGUGCCAGACUGGCAGAGAAAGCAGUUGCACUAGUAUGUUGUGAGAAACUCCACAAAAUAGGUGAGCUGGACGAUCACUUGAUGCCGGUGGGAAAGGAGACAGUGAAGUAUGAAGAGGAGCUGGACCUUCAUGAUGAGGAGGAGACCAGCGUACCAGGCCGGCCUGGCUCUACCAAGAGGAGGCAGUGCUACCCUAAAGCCAUACCAGAGUGUCUGCGGGACAGUUAUGCUGUACCCGAGCAGACUUACUACCUAUAUGUGAUUGGGAUGGUCCUCACCACCCCUCUCCCUGAUGAGCUCAACUUCCGCAGAAGGAAGCUCUACCCACCGGAGGACACCACCAGGUGCUUCGGCAUCCUGACUGCCAAACCUAUACCUCGAAUUCCCCAUUUCCCGGUGUACACCCGAUCGGGUGAGGUGACCAUCUCCAUCGAGCUGCAAAAGUCUGGUUUCACGCUCACCACCGCCCAGCUCGACCUCAUCACCCGCCUGCACCAGUACAUCUUCUCCCACAUCCUCCGCCUGGAGAAACCUGCACUGGAGUUCAAGCCCACGCUGGCUGACUCGGCUUAUUGCGUUCUACCUCUGAAUGUUGUUGGGGACUCCAACACACUAGAUAUGGAUUUUAAGUUCAUGGAGGACAUUGAGAAGUCUGAGGCCCGCACUGGCAUUCCUACCACUCAGUACACCAAGCAGAACCCCUUCACCUUCAAGCUGGAGGACUACCAGGAUGCUGUCAUCAUUCCAAGGUAUCGUAACUUUGACCAGCCUCAUCGCUUCUAUGUUGCCGAUGUGUACACAGACCUGACGCCGCUCAGUAAGUUUCCUUCACCAGAGUAUGAGACGUUUGCUGAGUACUACAAAACCAAGUACAACCUGGACCUGUCCAACCUGAACCAGCCGCUUCUGGACGUAGACCACACCUCCUCCAGACUGAACCUGUUAACCCCUCGGCAUCUGAACCAGAAGGGCAAAGCCCUACCACUCAGCAGUGCAGAGAAGAGGAAGGCCAAGUGGGAGAGUCUACAGAACAAACAGAUCCUGGUUCCAGAGCUGUGUGCCAUCCACCCCAUCCCCGCCUCUCUGUGGAGGAAAGCAGUGUGUUUGCCCAGCAUCCUCUACCGCCUCCACUGCCUUCUAACCGCUGAGGAGCUUCGAGCCCAGACAGCCAGUGAAGCUGGAGUGGGAGCCCAGACCCUCCCCCCUGACUUCAGAUAUCCAAACCUGGACUUUGGCUGGAAGAGAUCUAUUGACAGCAAAACGUUCAUCUCCUGUCCCGACUCCUGUAGCGAAGAUGGGGAGGGCCACUGUAAGCACCAAGAGACUGUAACCCCUGAAACCAAUUCCCUGACACAUCCAAGUAGUCACCACUCUUCUUUGCCCGAGCAGGGGCCUCUCGCGGCCCUUGAGCAGCAAGAAGACACAUGCACGAGGAACCUAACCAACGGCACUGCCCUAGUCAGCGACUGCGAUGACGACGGCCACCGACAUGAGCACCUUCACCAACAUGACAAUUGCCAACGCUCCCAGCCCAGCUCCCCUGGGCUGCAGAGCCCUGAAUCAAUACAAACCACUACCUCAGUUCCUGUGCAGCCCUCUCACAGCUUGAAGAAGCCCAGCUCCAGUCCUCCACAGCCUAGUGAUGAAUGUACACCAGGGAGGACCUCAGACCACGCAAAUAAAGCUACCUCAUUCUGCAACCAGGCAGCCACAGGUCCCAGUGUUCCCACAGCACCUUCUCUUCUUGUCGCUGUCCCUCAGCACAGAGCCCAGGUAGGAGACUCCCCCAAAAGCCUGGGGCCAAACCCAGGCCUCAUCCUGCAGGCCUUGACCCUAUCAAAUGCCAGUGACGGCUUCAACCUGGAGCGGCUGGAGAUGCUAGGAGACUCUUUCCUUAAGCAUGCCAUCACCACAUACCUGUUCUGUACCUACCCUGACGCUCACGAGGGACGACUAAGCUACAUGCGCAGCAAGAAGGUGAGCAACUGUAACCUGUACCGUCUGGGGAAGAAGAAGGGACUCCCUAGCAGGAUGGUGGUGUCCAUAUUCGACCCCCCUGUUAACUGGCUGCCUCCUGGCUAUGUGGUCAACCAGGACAAGAGCAGCAUAGACAAACUGGAUUCAGAGGAGGCCAAAGAGGAGCUUCUGGCCAACGGGCAGUCUGGAAAUGACUACGAUGAAGAUGAUGAAGAGGGUGAGGAUGUAGAUGAGGAUGGUGAGCUGCUGCUGAAGGAUGAGCCAAAAGAUGAAGUCAACAUGGAGGACGAUCUGGAGUAUUACAAGGAGCACAUCAAGUUCAUCGACAACAUGUUGUUGGGAUCUGGAGCGUUUGGUAAGAAGAUCUCCCUGAGCGGCUUCCCUCCAUCUCUCACCCCGGCCUCGGGCUCCUCUCCCGCCAUGGAGUCUCCAUACGAGUGGAAGGCUCCCAAGAAGCCCCUCCACCCCACCACAGCCCACUACCCCUCAGAGCCGGUGCCCAGCGGGCCCUCUGCCGAGGAGUUUGACUACAGCUCGUGGGACGCCAUGUGCUACCUGGAUCCCAGUAAAGCUGGGGAGGAGGACGACUUCGUGGUGGGUUUUUGGAAUCCGUCUGAGGAGAACUGCGGCGCUGAGCUCGGCAAACAGUCAAUAUCUUACGAUCUGCACACGGAGCAGUGCAUCGCUGACAAAAGCAUCGCUGACUGUGUGGAGGCUCUGCUGGGCUGCUACCUGACCAGCUGUGGAGAGAGAGCAGCCCAGAUGUUCCUCUGCUCACUGGGCCUCAAGGUGUUACCACUGGAGAGAGGGACCCUGACAGGAGCAGUGGUGCAGAGCAGUCAGAACAUAGCCAUCGAUCUGUGCUACGGCUGGCUGAAGAUCCCGCCGCGCUGCUUACUGGACCAUCCAGACGCAGAGAGAACUCUCAACCACCUCAUCUCUGGCUUUGAGAACUUUGAAAGAAAGAUCAACUACACCUUUCAGAACAAGGCUUACCUCCUGCAAGCCUUCACCCACGCUUCCUAUCAUUACAACACCAUUACAGAUUGUUACCAGCGGCUGGAGUUCCUUGGUGAUGCAAUUCUAGACUACCUCAUAACAAAGCACCUUUAUGAAGACCCGCGGCAGCACUCUCCUGGCGUGCUGACCGACCUGCGCUCAGCACUCGUCAACAACACCAUCUUUGCCUCUCUGGCCGUCAAGUACGACUACCACAAGUACUUCAAGGCCAUCUCACCUGAGCUUUUCCACGUCAUCGAUGACUUUGUGCAGUUUCAGCUGGAGAAGAACGAGAUGCAAGGCAUGGACUCUGAGCUGCGACGCUCUGAAGAAGAUGAGGAGAAGGAGGAGGACAUCGAGGUCCCUAAGGCCAUGGGGGAUAUCUUUGAGUCACUAGCCGGAGCAAUCUACAUGGACAGCAGGAUGUCAUUGGAGACGGUGUGGCAAGUGUAUUAUCCAAUGAUGAGGCCACUUAUAGAGAAAUUCUCUGCCAAUGUGCCACGCUCUCCCGUGAGGGAGCUGCUUGAGAUGGAACCAGAAACUGCCAAGUUCAGCCCUGCAGAGAGAACGUAUGAUGGGAAGGUCCGGGUGACAGUGGAGGUCGUCGGUAAGGGCAAGUUCAAAGGAGUCGGCCGCAGCUACCGGAUCGCCAAGUCGGCCGCAGCGCGACGAGCUCUGCGCAGCCUCAAAGCCAAUCAACCUCAGGUCCAAAACAACUGAGCUCCUCCUCCGAGCUCUCAGCAUUAGCAUCUAAGCUAUUGACGCUAACAGAGAAAAAGCAACAUCGGCUUUCCAACACAGCGCGACGCUAGCCCUGCAUCUUCAGCCUGUGACAGCACAACCAAGGCAGCCAGGGAACACUGUGUGGAGACGCAACAAAAGAAGCAGACUUAUCUCUCAACAGAUUUCACAUCGGAUCUUUUACCUUUUUUUUUUUUUCUUUAUUUGCGCAAACACAAUCUUUGCUUUCCCCCUCUGCUUUGUGUAAUCACAUGAGUGCUUUAUUAACGUUUAGCAAAGUGUUUAAAAAAAAAAAAAAAAAAAGGUCAGGUCGCAAUGUCUAUUCCUCAUCGUUUUUGUUUUUUGUUAACCUCUAUGUCGAUGAGACGAGGCUUAUGCUUAUUGUGUAGUAUUAGAUUGUAUAUAGUUCAAUCAAAGGUGUAAAUCAAAGUAUGUAGGAAAAAAAACAACAAAAAACGCUAAACUCCUCAGCCUGUGCACUAGUGCCAGUCAGUUUCAAAGCGGUUUUGAAAACGCUAAUGGCAGACAUGGCUAACAGAUACCACUGGAGCAAAAACCUGGUGGCACUUCUGUCUGAAAUCUGUCUUGAAAUGGUAUUCUUAAUCAUUUUUGCACUUAUUCCAUUAGGGUCUGUUACUUUGAGAGUUGUGUGGUCACAUUGACACCAAAAUCAUAUACGUAGCAAAGUAUAUAAAUAUAUAUAAAAAAGAAUAAGAUACAUGAAUGAUAUUCUUGGCCUUGGAUGCUAAGGCUCACCCUCAUAUCCUGCAAAACGGAUAGGAAUUUCAACAUUCCCAGUUACUGUAAUUUAAACUAGUUUUUAACCGCACUUGAGGUUGCAUGUUCUUGUAGCUUAUGUAUAAACCACGACAACUGGAUUGCUUCUAUAAAUGUUCUAAAUCUAUGGAUAUAUCUAGAGUGUGUGAGAGCGAGAUUUGAUGUUAAUGGCAUUAUCUUGACGAUUUGGUUUAACAUGUUUUGAUACCAAGAAUGGAUGGAAUUGAAUUAGUCAUUCUUGCGCACUAAAUGUCUUUCCACGGAGCGAAUCAUCCAGUUUUGAUAUAAGAAGAGAAAGACAUAUCACAAGUUCAAUAUGCUGCAGACUUUUCUACAUUGGAUACUCGUGUAAGACACAGAAUCUUUUCAAAUACAGUCUUUGUGAAAAAGGCCAAUUCAUUUCAACACACUAGUGUUCCUCACAUCCCGUACCUACCAAAGCUAUAACAGAUGUGACACUAUGAGGUUGAAGUCAAUUCCUAGGGAUAAGGAUACCAGCCUUUUUUUUUCGUGGUUCCGAUAAAUUUUGCUUCUCGCUAAAUGUCCUUUUUUUUCUCAUCAAUAAGCCCUUUUUUUUCACUUGAAUACCUCAGUUAAUUGCAUGCAUUUUCUUGUCUUUAUAUUUUUUUCUUUUUUGUUUGGUGCUAUGUUUUUGUAUUAAGCUUGAAUUUCUCAUCUUUUUUGCACUGUAACUAUAAUACCUCUUUAUUUGACCUUUUUUGAAUGAUUGGAAAUCUGUUUGAUUCGGUUGUCCCGUUCGUCAGCCAUCACGCUGCAGAGGAGGAGCUGCGUCGUCGUCUCUUCCCCCUCCCAUACUCGAGGUUGACACUGUGUGGGGGGGCAGGAAAUGUAAUCUCUGCACAUAAGCCUAACUUCUUUUUUCCUCAUUCACUAGCUAUUAAUUUCAUCAGUUGAGAAUCUGUUUUUGAAUUGUGGGUAAAAACAAACAGAGGAUUGAUUGAUCAGAUGGGUAGAGGCUUGUAGAGGUAAUCAGAUUGCACUCUUAAACUUUUCUCUGACAUUAACGCCAAAAUAUAGGCAGAGGGGAGUAUACUUGACUGAUUUCUACAAAAUUAUCUUCAUAAAUAAUGCUUGGAAGAGACACGUACCUGUGUGGUUUGUAAACUGUGUUAAUAUAGCUAUCUGAAAUCAAAUUCACAGUCAUAUAAUCCUACCCGCAGGUGCUUCUACCUCAAAAGACAGUGCACUCGCCGUUCAUUUGUGGACAAAACUGCAAUUCAGCUCAGUAACUCUCUGACAGUGACAUGCUGUAGUCCUUUUACUGUGAUAACUUUACCGGCUACGUCACAUAUCUGUCACUGAGUCGACAUUCCCUCACAGUAAUUUGUGUCUCAUGUCUUGAAUAGAAACAAAACUCAGUGCCUUCUCUGUGGGAGAUCAGUGUCAGCACAGACUAGAUUUCAAUCAGUUAAUCCAAAUUUGAGUUAAGAGAGUAGAGAUAUUCCCUGCCUCAUACUGUUUGUUAAACUACACUUUGGGACCUAUGACAAUAAAAAAAAGUCAACUGACCCAACAGCAGCUGAGCCCAAAUUCCUACAAAGUAGUUGCAGUUAAAGAUUCUCGUGCUUUGUCGAAGGUUGGAUAAUCAACCAGGCAAAACAAGCACAAACUUGCUUAAUGGCCCAGGACCCUUUGAGGGACCAAAGGGUCCUGGUUACGGAUUAGCAAACCCUAGGAUAGCAAAGGAAUAGCCUGCCUUACUCUUCCUCCUAUUGGCUUACCCUGACGUUCUUACCCCAACCAAUCCCUCUUGUCUUGCGUAAACCGAACCAGUCUAACCAAUGAAGGCAACAAGUACUAGCCAGUUGCAUGGAGCGUAGGGCGGCUCAUUCAUGCAAAUUUGCUUCCUGGUUCACUAUGUGGCACCAGUAAAGCAAAAAAUUAACUCGAGAUCAAGGGACCUUGAGGGGACACCUGCAUUAUUAUUGUUUAGGGCCCCAUGUUGUAUAGGUGACCAUUGUCAACUUUAACGGCCUGAAACAUUUCAGUUUAUAUUGUGCUUAAAGGGUGCAUUUCCCUAAAUAAUUGUGUUUAAAGAAGUUACCACAAACACUUACUGGUGAGUACAUGAUGCACAGAGUGAAAGAAACGGAGGGCAGUAGGGGGCCCGUAGUUAUACUUUUUGCCCCCACAGAGGCUUAAUCCGGUCUUGAUGGUGCUUCCAGUUUGUCUAAAAUAGGCAGCUUAUCCAUCCCCCAAACAUGUGAUUUAACAACUUCCAUUUGCCAGAUGAUCUCAGCAUUUCUGCAGGGUGAACAGUGUUAAUAUGUUAAUUAAAAGCAUAAACAUGAAGAUAUCAUUUGAAAGGCCUAGAGUGAAAUAACUGUGCAUGGUGGAGACAAAGUCAAGCUGACAGAAGACUGUUUUCAGGUGCUGUUAGUUCCACAAUAACAUUCAGCACAGGCUAGAGACCUGUAGCAAGCUAACACCAAUAUAGACAGGAAAGUUAAACCCAAGACCCACUUUGGGUCAGGUACUCAGGCUGCAGUCAAGAAUGAAAUGUUAGCUAAUAAGUAUGGGUAGACGUGGCAGACUGUCACUUUUUGAUUCUAGGCUUAUUUAUUCUCCCUUUAUGUACGAAAAUGGAUACAUCCGUUUCAAACAUUGUGAACGUCACUGCCCUCAUACUUCCAUGUGUCCUUUGUGAUGGCAUGGAUACAGCCAAUAGAUGGCACUAGAGGGAGAAAGUUUCACACAACAACUACGAGGUGACAGUGGAGGAGGUCGUAUUAUUGUACCGUUUAACAGAGGCAGUGUUGUAGAUGGGGGUGGUCAGUGCACUCAUUAAAUAAAUCCCAACAUGUGGACAGAGAAUUCUUUUAACUAUUUUCACCAUGUGUUACUGUUUAUUAUUAUAUAUUACUGAUUCAUUCUGUUCCGUCUUUAUGUAAAUGUUUCAGUUGUCUCCUACGGACGUAUCUGGCUUGAAAUAAGCUACACUGCCUCCAUGAUCUCCAGUAGUACAAGGGAUGCACGAUAAUAUCAGCACGUCAUUGGGCGAUACUGAUUUUACAAUGAACUAUCAGAAUGCACAAUGAAUGAAUAUUACAUACAUUGUAAAGUAUUUUUAUUUCAUGUCAUCUGUGGGUGGGUUGUCACGAAAAGAGUAUACAUGCAUAAUAUGAUGUUAAUUCCUCUACAGAAGAGACCUGAUGUACACUAAAAUUAGGUGGGGAAAAAAGUGGAUAUAUGGGUAUCGGUUAUUGACCAAAUAAGUUCUUAUGUAUUGGCGUAACAGAUAUUGGCAAAAAAAAAAUCCAAUAUUGUGCAUCCCUAAGUGGUACAGCUGCGUUUUGCCCGUAACUGCAAGCUAUCAGAAUACGUGUACAAAUACAGACAAAAUGACAGCAGAGGAUGGACAGAAAACUCUGCCCAUCUCCGUAUGUAACAUUUAGCAUAAAUGAGCCUCAGCCUUAAUUUGUCUUCUCUAGGGCUUGAUGUUGUUAAAAAAUUACAAUACUAGUACCAAUACCAGUAUCCUCUGUGUUAUACAGGUACCAAUUGGGUGCUUCAUUUGAUACUUUUCUCUACUUCAUUCAAUACUAAUCAUAUGAAUGGAAGCAUGCAGUUGCAUAAAAUACCGCCAGACACCACAGGCAUGUAGCAUAGCUAUACUUUGGAACGUUUUGGUGGCAUUUCAGCAUGCUCAACUGCUAAGUCUGUCAAAUACAUUGUGAUAGACUUCGCUACAUGAGCUGUAGCUUCUGAGGUAGUGGGCCAAUCACACGUUGCAUUAAAUCAAAGAAUGCUUGUGGUGACUGGCUGCAAGCGAAACCAUACAAACACUCAUUUUUCUUUCCAGAUCUGGGUAAAAAAAAACCAAAGGAUUCAAUGCAGGUAUUGUUUAACUAGGUGUCGGUACUCCAUACCUUUAAGGUAUCAACUGAAAUAACUCAGUACCAAGGAGUAUCAAAACAUCUCCAGUCAAAUGAUACCUGCAUUCUUUCCUUUUUGUGCCGGGGGUCUGAUCCCGGGCUGUCCUGACUUCCCUUUGGAUUAGCAAACUUUCUGUUGCUGCCAUCACCAGAGCUGCUGUCCUCCAAACAAAUGGGCAAUUCAAGUGUCAAUAUCACUUUAAGAGUAUUGUUAUUGGUACUGAUACCCUAAUUUUUUUUAAAAAACACCCAGCCCUACUGCAGAAGUUUCAAUACAACUUGGUACUGCAUUGUUUCAAUACCCAGCCCUACAGUUCUCUGUGUCCCUCAGUGUGUCUCAGAGUUGACAAACUGUAUGUGAAAUUACAGCUCUAGCAUUCAAGUUCAUGAUGUUAAUUUCAAAUUUGUUAAGUUGGUCCAUGUAAAAGAAAAGCAUCAGUGUAAAUCCAGUCUUUUUUGGGAUUUUUGUCAUUUGCCUGCAGCUAAAUGUCUCUCAGAUCUCUCUUUGGGUGCCAUACUUUUGAUACUUUGGGUCCGACAGAUAACCAUGGGAACACUGAAGUGUGAAUCUUUGAAAUUCUUCAUGUUAAAAAUCAAUGUGAAGUCAGUUACCCCAUGAAACUUAAGUACAUCUUCUACAAUCAGUUAAAAAGAGUGCAAUUUGUCAUUAUUUCUCAAGUCUACAGACACACAGGAAACCCUUAAAUGUGGGAUGUGCAUUUAGUUUUCCCCCAUUAGUGAGACGUUGCCAGACUUGGAGUGUAUCUGUACAACCAGUCAUACACCCUCCAACACACACACACACACACACACACACACACACACACACGCAGCCAUUAGACUUUUCCACCGAUUCAACACACUAAUUAUGUGUAAGUCUCUAGGAGGGACGGCGGGGGGCGGGAUUACAAAAAAAAGAAUGUGAAAUCACUCAUACGGUGCCACACCCACUCUGUUUUUGUCUGUGACUGAUGAAAAUAAGGAUCACCAUUAAUCUUGUCAUCAAUAUCCAACAGCCUCGUAUGUUGGUUUUUUUUUUUUAAUUGAGGAGGGAGGUGUGUGUGUGGGAGUGCUGAAGUUGAGGUAGUCCUACGUUAUUCAGAGCGGACUAUGUUUUCUCGUACUGGCAAUUAUGUUUUCUUUUUUUUCUUUUCGUUUUGUACAUGUAGCACAAUUGAGCAUUGCACUUGGGCGCCAUACUUUACCUCAUGUCAGAGUGUGAAAGGGAGUGAAAGAUGGAGGAGAAAAAAAAGAAGUGUAUAUAUGAUGCCGUAAUGUUAAGAGGACUAACUUGUGGUUCAGGCUUUGCUGCUGUUUCAAUUGCUGGUAUUACACAAACCUAUUUAAAGAGAGAGUAAAGGGCUAUGGGAGGGGAGACAAAAUGUGCCUGCAGGUUAUCAUCUGACAAAUACACUGUAAAAAAGUCUCUGCAAUUUGGGGCUAAAAUGUCUGGACACCGACGUCCUGCCUUACACAGCUGUUUGGAAAUGAAUUGUCAAACUAGCAAGUCCAAUCGUGACUUGAAUGAUGAACUGACACUCUUGGUUUAAUUCUUCUCUGACUACUUUGAUAUGGACAUGUCAUUCAAGUGAUUCUCCCAGCCUCUUUUUUCCUCCUGUGGUGUGUUAGUUUGGAACACAAGAAAAACCUCCCCCAGCCCUUUAUUAGGAACUUAAAGGAAAAAUCCACUCAAACUUGCGUCUGUACUUUGUGAUAAAUCACAGGCCAUAAUGAUGUCACAUCACGUGCUGUAUCAGUGUUCAUACUCGUCUUUAACAGGCCAAGUCAAUUUAUACACCAGUUUGUGAAUUCCUGUGAACUGGGACUGUCUGCAUAUAAAUGCAGAUAUCUGAUAAAUUAAAAAAUAAAGAAAAACACUGAUAUAAAACUAAAUCAUCAUCAGAUCAUAGCCAAAGGCUUCCAAGAUUGCAUUUAGGCCAAGGCAUUCAACUUCUUUUACUAACCACAUGGACUCUUUACCUGCCGCACAAAUAUGAUUGUUUAAUACUACUCAGAUGACAAAAGGAACCCAUAAUGUUUCAGACACCAAAGUCUUCUCUCUUUGCCCACAGAAUCUUGUUGCCCACAAAAUCUCAUAGCCUACAGAAUCUUGUUGCUUACAGAUUCUCGUUGCCUACAAAAUCUCAUAGCCUACAGAAUCUUGUUGCCCACAGUAUCUUGUCCCAUUGCCCACAGAAUCUACAUUCAUAUGCAGAAUCUGUUUAUAGCAUGGAUGCAUAAAGAGAACUGGAUACAGUGUUGGAGGCAGGAUCUCGGUCAUUCCUACAAAAUUUGCUCAGUUGUGCACAUAGCCAAAAAGGUUCAUCUGCCAUGCAUGAAAUCACUCAGAUGAGAGCUAGUGCCCAUAGAGCAGGCUUACUAGAGACUUCCGCAGGCCGAGCUGGCUACCUUUGGUUUAGCGCUCUUUUAACUUAAAUGCGGAUAAAAAGAUUUAAUCACCUGGCUCUUGUAGACUUUCAAAAUGUUAUUGUGCCGAAUGGAUCAGAUCCCAGUUGUGAGAAAAGUCAUAUUGAGGGGGUUGUAAAGUUCAAAACAUUUUAAAAUUUAUCCCCAAUUCCCAGACGUCUCUUCCGCCAUGUAAAUCAAUGGGGAAAAAUCUUUCUGGGCUGUAGGGUAUCAUGUGACUGUGAUUUUACACUAUUUAGCCACUAAAAAAGUUGGCAUCAAAGCCCAGCUCACUUCCAGGGGGCCUGGUUUACAGAAGUUGCUACAAAACGUAUGAAAUCAAAGACAUGCAGGAUCAUUUUUUGGCUUAGUGCUGCUACCGGUGGCCAGAAGUUAAAUAAAGAAGACUACUGCUUUAUUUGGCAAUUCAACACUGUAAUAUAUCUUCAUGUUUGUUUCAACCAUAAGAAGAGACCUGUCAUGGUCUUACACAAUCCCAACACGUCAUUUUCAACAUUCCUCUAACAAAUUUUAUGAGUUGAUGUCUGUGUUCAGGGAGACAGUGAUGUAAAAUUGUGACACUAAGUACGACAGUCCUGGAUCCAAGCUAGCAACAUCCACAACCAGUGGAAACAUUAGGUUUACAUGCAGUCCGUUAUCCGAUUACAUAUAUUUGAUCCUAAUUUAAAUCAGUUUGACUUGGUGUUGUUUGACGUUUUAAGUUAGCAACUGUCAAACCUAAUCUGAAAUACAUCCACUGUGAUUCAAAAGUCCUUAGAUUGCUUUUACUUAUUUUAGGAACUGUAUCUGGAUGUGAUGUCAUGUGAUGUCAUUUGGCCUGGCAUUCACAGGAACUGAAAAACCACCAAACCACCAAAAAAAUCACCAAACCAGAAAAUGAAGCCUAUGCCUGUCUGUUUUCCAACAGUAGGGGUGUUUUAGGGUGGAUUUUUCCUUCAAGUUUGUGUUCAAGUGUGAUCAGUGCUAACAGAGAACUGAAAUGCCUUUGAUAAACAAUUAAAGUGGGGUGGGGAGGGAAGAUAUUGGUCUCAUAAAACCAGCUUAAAGCACCAACAGUGACUGUUUGCAGGGGGGGGGGAGUAGGGGGUGAGGCAAGGGGUGGGCAUGGUCACUGAGCAGCAGAACACCAGCAGAGUGGAAUUGAACAGAUGGAGUGAUGAACUGUUUAUCAGUAUGGGGAAUUAUGGGCCAUCACAACCUGCAGCAAAUGUUUAAGGGACAUUGGAAUAGAAAUUGAACUCCUCACUCAUACUGUAUACCGUGCUGCAGUGGUUUGCGGUCUGCACCUUAUGGAUCACAAAUACCUUUAUUUUUUUUUUUUGUUUGGAUUUUUUUUUUCUUUUAAUUUUUCUUUUUUUUUAUAUAUAAUUGUAGCCCAGUAUAUCUACAAUAAAAGUAAUGGUAUGGUCAUUCA